AUGAAAUUUCUGCAAUGCAAAGGGCAGGAACCUAUCGGACAACAGAACAAUACAUCACGUGAAGUAACAAACUCGGCCCAAGUUACAUUACCAACAACAACAUCGAAAUUAUCGAUUCAAGAGAGAUUGCAGAAAUAUCUCAAAACAACGGUAUCGAAAAGCGAAACAAUGAAAUCUGGAAAUAUGACAAGUAAGGCUACGGUAUCAAAUAGGACUGGUAUUACUCCACCUAAUAAUAUUUUUCGUGAAUAUUUACGUUGUCGUCAUUGGAGUUCAAUCAAUGGAUUACCGUCACCUUAUGCAUGUCCCUAUGACUUCGAGGACGAUAUUCGUGUCUGUUGGCCAGCAACACAUAAUGGUACAAUAGCUACAAGUAUCAUCGAAUAUGAUCAUGGUCAAAAUAAUUUUUAUGACGGUGUUCGUUAUGGAAUUGAGAAUUGUACUCUAGAACGCUUUUGUCAAAGUAAUGGCAGUUGGGCAAUGACUGUUUUGCCCGACAUUCAAUGUAAAUCAUGUGUUGGCGAUGGCCGACCAGUUAAAUUUAAUUCAAUUAGUAUUAUGAUUGAAACAAUGAGUUUAAGUUUAUCGCUUAUAACUCUAACGAUUGCUGUUUUUUGCAUGAUGAACGUCAAACGACUCCGCUUACCCCGAAACCUGCUUCAUAUGCAUCUAUUUGUUGCUUUUAUUUUUCGUUCCAUUGUCAAAUUGGUUUUUAUUCAUCUUAUUAUUGGUGGCUACACACGUACUAUGAUAUCCUCUACAAGAGACAAAUGUGGAAAUAUCGAAAUACUUUCGAAAUCCUCAAAUUUAUUUCAUAUAACAGGUUGUCGGGUAUUAUCUUCAUUAUUUUGGUAUACUGAUGCUGUAUCGCAAACGUUUAUAUUUUGUGAAGCAAUGUUUCUAUUUACAGCGUUAACAAGUCAUUUAUUUCGUGAUCGCGGCUGUUUACCAUUUGUUCUAUGGGGUUGGUUAAGUCCAUUAGUAUGGUCAACAUUGUGGAUUGCAUCACAUAUAAUAACAGAUAGAUUAAAAAAUCGAUCAACAUGUUGGUUGGAAGCAGAUAAUACAACGUAUUUUUAUUACUUUUUUUAUGUUCCAUAUGCUCUUUAUUUACUUGUGAAUUUCGGAAUAUUUCUUUAUCUUGUUCGACUUCUCUACUCGAAAUAUCAAUCAUAUAAUCUUCAAACAAAUCGUACAGGAAAUCGACAUUUAAUAAAAUCAAUUCUAAUUUUAAUUCCACUAUUUGGUCUUCAUUCAUUAUUUGUCAUAUGGGUUUUCUAUCAUAAAAAUCAAGGACAUACAAUAUGGUAUUAUAUAUCGGUUAUUUUCAAAGCUGUUUUUGGUGAUCUACAGGGCUUUUUUACAUCAUUAAUUUAUUUUUAUUUUAAUACUGAAAUACGUUUUGAAGUACUUCGGCAAGUUCAACGAGCAAUACUAAACAAUGAAACUGUACGACUUAGCUCAGCUGGUGAUACAUUAUCAACACGUUUAUCAACAUUUCGUCGAUCAAUAAGUCGUCAUCGUCAUUCAUCAAUACAGAAUCGUAAUGAAAGACGUCGUAUGAAUAAUACAUCGUAUGCGAAUUCAUCAUUAACCAAAUCGAAAAAUAAAACAUGCUGGAGUAAAUGUUUUACAUUGAUUUGUCCUUGUUUCGUGAGAAAGCUCAUCGAGAAAAAAUCUCGUCAAGAUGAACAACCUGUUGAACAAAAUAAUUUAUACGAACCAUCACCAUCAGCUUUAGCACCUCAAGUAUUUGUUAUCGAUGAUAUUGGAGGUGUAUCAUCACAGUUACUGGUACAAACACAAUCAAUAAAAGGUGUAAUCGAUAAUGACGGUAUGACAUGUGAUACAGAUUUAAUGAAACAUGAAUAUUCAGAAUUAUUAACCGAUGAAAACGAUGUAACUAUUCAGCAAUCAUCAUUUCAAGGUGAACAACCAUCAUCAUCAUCAUCGCAUCAUACACCAUUACCAGUGCGCUCGAAGAGUCUACAACGGAAUCGAUCAAAUAGUGACGAACAUAUUUUAACAGGUUUAUCAUCGAAUCACUUUGCUGACAACAGAUCAUUGAGAUAA